GGGGCCGUUCCUCAUUUUCCAGGGAUAUCUUGAGGGAAAUGUGAGUGGCUUUUUUUUGUUUGUUGUUGGAUUUCUUCCCAUGUUCAGUGGGGUAGUGGUGGUGGAGGUUGGUAUGUUUGUAGGUGGGGUGGGAGAAAGCUGACCCCCCUCCUCCUCUUUAUCCUUUUUCUCACAGGCGAGGUCCCUGUUGCCCCCACUCCUCCCACCCCCAGUCGGUAGAGCAAUUGGAAAGAGUGAAGUUCGCGAAGCCUGGCCAUGGCGGUGUUCGCUGCCGAGGAGCGGGUGGUCUACUCGAGAUCGCAGAUGGUGUUCGCGGGAACAAAGGCGCUGGAGGAUGCGCUCAAGAUCUUCAUGCCCAAGUGCAGCGACUUUCACAACUCGGAGGUUGAGCUGUGGGACUUCCUGUGCAGCAUGAGGGAAGAGGGCUUCUCCCCGGUCAUCCUCCGCAGUAAGGACGUGUACGGAUAUUCUUCAUGCCGCUCCACGGUGCCCGAAGCAAAGCCCACGGCUGAAAUUAAAUCUACCGCUGAGAGGGCGCCCAGGAGUCGGCGAAGGAGACAAAGGAAUGUGGGGGAGCCUGUGACUAAGAAACGCAAAAGCUGCCUCACAAAGACUUCACCUUCCCAGGUUGUGAACAGGGUUUUACGAGGCAGCUUGUCCAGGAAGACCGUGGCGUUUCGGCUAACCACCUUCCCAACCAUAAAAGUUGAAGAUUCGUCUUCUGAUGAAAGUGUUUCCAAAGCACGUCAAAGGGCUCAAAAAAUUCUUAAAGUAAACUUGUCCCCCGUGAUCAGAUUAAGACCUGUGAGAGUGCCGUGAUUCAGUUUCAAGUGAUGGGGCAUUUUUAACAUAAAUAAUUCAAGAACAUAGGAUGCAGAUAUGAUGGAAAUUGGUUUUUCAAACCUAUAUUGUCUCAUUACGUUUAUGGAUUUCAACAACUGUAAGCUUCGGGGAAGUGUUUUAACUUAUUUUUGGACUGCCUUUGCAUUUUCACAACCAUACAAUACUACUUGUUUACUUGUUGAGCUUGUUUUUUUUGUUCUUUCUAUCUUUGUCUUGUUCCAUGUCACUACCUCCUUUUUCUACGAUUGGUAUUGUAUACAUGCAACCCAAAUUGGGAAUGCUAAUGGUAUAACUAGUGAUUCAAGGAUGUAUUCACCAGUUUACAAGGUGUUGAAUUCAGUUAAAGCUGAUAGAUCACCAACGAACAUGACUGCUGAGAGGCUACCACAAAUAUUUAAGCAACUGGGGACCUCAAACUGAUUGCAACACCUGUUUCUUUGUCUUUUUCCUUCCUGUUAUUUUUGGAAUGUUUAUUAGUAAAUUCCCUAGUUGCUGGAAUAGAUUAUAGAUCAUUACAUUUACAGGGUUUGUGAUCUGAUGAGUUAAGAAUAUUUGGUGGUAUCCCAUCUUUCUCAUGUCUUUGUUCAUGAUGAAAACUUGUGGUUUCAAGAUUUUAAAAAGCUGCUUAGUUCUGGUUCCAAACAUGAGGCAAGAUGAAUUAACUGAGAAACUUGAGUACACUGUCCAGUCUAACUUCAACAGAUCAAUUGCUAAUUAGAUGGCCUAUUUUGGAUCACAGGAGAAAGCACUCAUCUUUUAUCCUCCAGCAUCCAAGAAAAUUGCCAGUUGUGGAUGGCUGAUCAACAUGCGGGUAGUAAUUGUUCAUAUGUAUCUUCUGAUGCCUGGCUAUUGUAAUACAGCGUGUCCAUGUUGUGGAAUAGAACAACACCUUUUGAUUCCUGAGUCUUGGGGUUUAAUAUACUGAUGGAAUAAAUAUUUUGGCUAGAAGAAUCUUAGGUGCAAGGAAUUCACCUUGUAGAAACUGUGCUCCCAAUGCAACUGCUGAUGUCUGACAUCGACUAGUAGAAGUGGUACUGGGUUUUUUCCAGUGUUCCCAAACAGAAAUCAGCACCACAAGUGACCCUUUUAGGAGCACACAGCUCAGGACCUGUAAAUGGCUGUUUUGAGCCCGAGUCAACAUGAAUGAUUUGUGGAAAAUUUAAAUGUCAGAUUUGUCUUUUUUUAGGUGGAGUGGUAUGCUGCCCUGAGUUGAGCUCAAAUACAGGAAAUUUUUCCUACACCAUUAUCUGAAAUGGGAAUCAUGGAUUCUGCUCAUGUGGACGAGGUUGAGAGGAGAGUGAGCAAGAAUUCCAGUUUUAUCAUUGCACUGCAACCAAAUUCAAAAGAGUGGGAAGCAAAUCCCAUCCUAUGGGAUUGUUCUUGAUUACACUCCCUUCCCAGUGACAGCCUUUAGUGAAGCUGGCUGCCUAUUCCACUGCCCCGAGAGGCCAACUGAAAUCUGCU